AUGUCGACGGUCAAUGUGCCUCAGGUGUUAUUCUUCGAUGUAUUCGGCACAGUUGCUCCAUGGCGUACAUCUAUCUCGGAAGAGUUGAGUACAGCUGCCCAGCAAGCCGUGAACGAUCCCCGCAAUGAACUUCCAGCCGACGUACGUGACCGCGCUACAGCCAUGACUACCCAGGACUGGCUAGAGAUUGCCAACGAAUGGCGGUGGUCAUACGUUGUAUUUACUCGUACAUUCGAUUCAUCCACCGAGUUCAUGUCGGUUGACCAGCACCACUAUAAGGCCCUCCAAGACCUCCUUCGGCAGCGCGGUCUGGAUGGCCUGUUCACCGACGAGAAGCGGUGGGAUCUCGCUUUUGCCUGGCACCGGCUCAGCCCAUGGCCAGAUAGUGCUCCAGGCCUGGAGCUGCUGAAUCGCCAGUUUACGACAGCUACCCUGUCCAAUGGAAAUGUAUCCCUGUUGGAAGAUCUCCAGAAAUUUGGAUCUCUGCCUUUCAAGCACAUUGUCAGCGCGGAGAAUUUCGGGGCUUACAAGCCCUCUCCGUUGGUCUAUGGGGGUGCCGCUAAGAAGUUCGGUAUGGAACCGAACCAGUGCGGGCUGGUUGCAGCGCACUUGGGCGAUCUGAAGGCUGCCAAGGACUGUGGGUUUCAGACUAUCUACGUUGAGCGUGAAUUAGAGGAACAUUGGUCGAAGGAGGAGACUGAGAAGGCAAAAGCCGAGGGGUGGGUGAAUAUGUGGAUUGAUUCCCAGUCCCCUGGCUUCCUAGAAGUUGCUAGGCGUUUUGGGAUUGAGUGA